GUUCCCAUGGCAACCGCAGGCCUGGCUGGAGGGCCUUCAGGCCUUUAGCCUCUGCCUUGGGGGGUGGAGGUCUUGGGUGUCCAGCUUGGGCGCUAGCCACCCAGAAGUGACCCCUCUCCCUCAGGUGGGCAGAGUGCAGCCAAAAGGAUGGCCAGGGAGCGGAGGCGCAGGGCUGCGGAUGCCGGGCCCCGAGCGCAGGAAAAGGGCACGCUUCGGCUCAUUUCGACGAAGAGGACAGAGCGACCGGGAUCCAGCCCUGCAUCAUCAUCUUGGGACCUGGGCCGCAUCUGUGGGGUGCUGGCACUGGCCUCGGGGGCCCUGGGCUGCGCUGCCUUUGCCUACGGCCUCUACGCCCGGUGGUGGCUGGCCACCCGGACUGUGACCCUGCACCCAGCCCCCCGCCUCUUGGGGCCCAAUGCCAGUGGCCCCAGCCUUUCGCCGGAACUCUUCUGGGGCUCCUACCGGCCCCAGGUCUACUUCGGCAUGAAGACCCGCAGCCCCCGGUCUCUGGUCACAGGCUUGAUGUGGAUGCACCAGCUGGAGGGGGACAUCAGGCUACGGCAUACUUGUGAGCAAAGCGACGGUCUGCCCCGCUACGGCUGGCUCCUCCACGACGGUGUCCAUUUCGGGGUGCAGGAGAUCCGUGACGUGGGUCUCAGCCUCCAGAUGGAGUUCGUGAAGCGCCCCGGGGGACGACACGGAGGGGACUGGAGCUGGAGGGUCACGGCACGGCCAGAGAGGUCGGGGCCCCAGACGCCCUUUGUCUCCCUGCUGUUCUACGUGGCAACCGACGGUCAAGGGGCGCUGCAGCCGCAGGUGAAGGAGAAGAGCCGGAUGGCCUCCCUGACUGGCGUGACGGAGGAGCUGGGCCACUUCACCAUUACCUUCCAGCCGCCCACCUCCGAGACGGGCACGCCUCUCUACGCCAGUUACAAUUACCUGGAUGCGAAGGCUGAAGGGCUGCACCGCCUGAGUGACGUGGUGAAGUCCAGCCUGGCCCCCCGCUUCUCCUUCACGCCCCCAGGAGCACCCAAGCGGCGAUACUUCGGGGUGGACACCUAUCGGAUUGCGCCGGGAGGAGGGGAGCCGCGCAGCCAGCUCCUCAUCCACCAAGUGACCGUCUCCCUUCCGUGCCGCCUGGAAGUGGUCUUUGAGUCCGGGAGCGUCUCCGACCGGACCGAACGUCUUGCGGGAGAAGCGCUGACCGGGGUGCUGGAAUGGCACGCGUCUGCCUUUGAGCGGCGCUUCGAGGAGACCUUUGGUCUGGCCGCCAAGGGCUAUUCCCCGCAGGAGCAGCGCUUCGCCAUGGCCGCCCUCAGCAACAUGCUGGGAGGGAUGGGCUACUUCUUUGGGCGCUCCCUGGUGCAGUCCCCGCACGCGGAGCAGCCCCAGCUGUACCCGGAGGGCCCCCUCUUCACGGCCGUGCCCUCCCGCUCCUUCUUCCCCCGCGGCUUCCUCUGGGACGAAGGCUUCCACCAGCUGCUCGUCGCCCGCUGGGACCCGGCUCUCAGCCGGGAAGUGCUGGCCCACUGGCUUGACCUCAUGAACGCCGAGGGAUGGAUCCCACGAGAGCAGAUCCUGGGCGAUGAGGCCCGCACUAAGGUGCCCCCCGAAUUCCUGGUGCAGCACAGCAGCGCCGGAAACCCCCCCACACUCUUCCUGGCCUUGCGGCAACUGCUUGCCCAGGGCCAGGCAGACGAAGACUUCCUGCGGAGAAUCUUCCCGCGCCUCCAGAGCUGGUACGAUUGGUACAACCAGACACAGGCUGGGCCACUGCCCCACACCUUCCGCUGGCGUGGCCGUGACCAAGACACCCGCCUCUUCCUCAACCCGAAGACCCUGACCUCCGGCCUGGACGACUACCCUCGGGCCUCCCACCCCUCGCCGGACGAGCGCCACCUGGACCUGCGCUGCUGGAUGGCUGUGGUCUCAGCCGUCAUGGCGGAUGUGGCGACCAGGAUCGGGGAGCCAGCGGGGGAGUACCGGCGCAUGGCCGAGAUGCUCGCCGACAACCAGCUGCUGGAUCAGCACCACUGGGCCGAGACUCUGGGCACCUUUGCGGACUACGGCAACCACACCUCCGCUGUGGCUCUGGAGCGCGAGAGGCUCCGCCCCCCUCCACCCGGCCAGCCCCUGCCCUCUCCGCGGCUGCUGCGCGUCGUCCGCAAGCCGCCCGCGUUGCAGUUCGUGGGAGGCGCCCUCGGGUACGUCAGCCUGUUCCCGCUUCUGCUGGAGCUGCUGCGCCCCGAUUCGCCCCGCCUGGGCAACCUGCUGGCGGACAUGCGCAGCGAGAAGAAGCUGUGGACGCCCUUUGGCCUGCGCUCCCUCUCGCGCGGCAGCCCCUUCUACCUCAAGCACAACACGGAGCACGACCCGCCCUACUGGAGGGGCCCCAUCUGGCUCAACAUCAAUUACCUGGCGGUGCGGGCGCUGCACCACUACGGCCAGCUGGAGGGGCCGUACCGGGAGCAGGCGUCCGCCCUCUACCGCCAGCUGCGUGCCAACCUCAUCGGCAACGUCUUCCGGCAGUAUCAGGAGAGCGGGUACAUCUGGGAGCAGUACAGCGACAGCACUGGCCGGGGCCAGGGAUGCUACCCCUUCACCGGCUGGUCAGCCUUGGUGGUGCUCAUGAUGGCCGAAGAGUACUGAGGGCUGCGGGAGCAGGAGAGGACAGCACGGGUGCCCGCCCAGCCAGCUUGUGCCAACCACCAGGGUUGCCCUGCCUGCUUUCGGUGGGCCCUGCGCUCAUCUCCCUCAGGUUUCCAGGCAGGAGCAACCUGGACUCGGGCUCCCGGCAAACGGCGAGGCCAGAAGCCUUUCUCUUUUGCAUUUUUAAAGUGAAAUAAAGCUGUGAUGCGGGAAA